CUGCGCCAGGAUGGAGAUGACGCAAAUGACCCAGCUCCCCAAAAAGUGUUUCAAGACGAACAUGGCGGCAACUUAACACAGGACCCAAGAUGAUGAUGAUGAUGAACAGCAGAGAAGAUCGAAGGCAAUCCGCCCAGAUAGGGAAAGAGCAGCUCGUUCAGCGUCUCGCCUUCCCUUGAGGAGAUACGGGAACAGAGGAGGCAUGUUGUCACACAGAAAGCGCUUUUUCUCCGGAGAGCCAUGCGGAAUAACGGAGAUAUGACCGCGCGCGGCUUCAUCUAGCCCAGAGAGUCGGAUACAGCUGCCGGGAGCGCUGUUGAAAGGGAAGAAAACAUUUCAAAUCAAUGCAUUUUGUGGCAGAGGAGCCGUCGCGGUGGAGUCGGCCAGUGCUGCUCUUUCCUGAAAUAUGACCAGGGGUGCUUGGACGUGUCGGCAGCAAGAUGACGGCUUAAAAAUCUGCUUCGCACCCCGAGAGGACGAAAAGCCAUUAUUCACCGAUUCGGAAAGGGCCCAGAGAUGGCGACUGUCCCUAGCCUCUCUUUUGUUUAUCACCGUUUUGCUCUCUGAUCAUCUGUGGUUCUGCGCCGAGGCGAAACUGACGAGGACGCGAGACAAACGGCUGGAGCACACGAACCAUAUACUUUCAUCCAGCCAUCAGAGAGAGCAGAGUCUUAUUUUUAUAGGCAAUUCUACCAAACCUCUGUGGAGACUUGAAACUUGUCAUCCUGACAGCCUCUCCAAAAACUGCUUGACUUUUGACGAGGCGGAAGCCGUGUGCUCGGGCCUCUCCGAGUGGAACCUGAGCGAUUUCUAUCUUUCUUUUUGUAACUCCUACUCGCUUUUGGAUUUGUUUUACGGGUUUACGAGUCCGGACAAUUUGACCUGUAGCCUGGACAUGGCUGAUGCGUCGGGAUGCAGCCAGUGCGUUCAGGCUUACCAACGCUACGACCGACGAGCUCAGGAGAAAUACCGAGAGUUUGAGCUUUUGGUUCAGAAAUAUGAAACGGAUGUAUAUUCGGUGCGGACGUGUAUGGAAGAGUGCACGACUGUCUACAAACACUGGCUAUGUGCCCAGUUCUUCCAUACCACACAGAUGCACUGCAGCAACAGGAUCCCCUGCAGGAAGUACUGCCUGGAGGUCCAGCAGAGGUGUCCCUUCAUAUUGCCUGACAAUGAUGAGCUCAUCUAUGGAGGAAGCCCCAGUUUUAUAUGCACAGGGCUCCAAGAGGACAACCCCUCAGACGCAGAGACAGAGUGCUGCGAUGUCCGAUGGGACAGCAGGGCGGACAACAGCUCCAAAGGCACUCUGAAAAGAACUCACCCGUCGUGUCAGCACGGGACAUCCCUGACCUCGUCAGCGGCCUCUAGACUGUGCAACAGCAGACUCAAACUCUGUCUGCUGGUCCUUGUCCUCCUUCAUACUGUUGCCACUCUCACAGCAUCCCACAAUCCCACUGGGUUCAACCUCACCUCCAGCUCCUCCAACGAGGAAUGACGGAAUAGCCACUCGGUUACAGUUCCGAUUCCAGCGACGUGACGGACCGUGGGUAACUUGCUGGGACCUCUGGUACAGAGACUGGGGACAUGCAAUCAAAACAAACCAAGCAAACUGACGAAGCUAAACAAACACUGGACAAAUCCAAUCAAGCAACAAGAACAAGGGACAACACCGUAGCCUUUGUUGAAAGAGGCUUCUAGGGGGCGGAGUUCUCUCGCACCAUGUUUUUUACACUGUGUCUAUGGUUUGGAUUUCUGUUGCACUAGAUGACUACAGGAUCUAAUUCACGUUUCUUUUAGUUUCAUUUGGGUCUUUGUGCAGGAAGGAUUGGAAGAGACGGAUGAGUUAAAUGUACAGUAUCCAAGUGAAUAUUCAAGACUGAGCGUGUGUCUAUGUGAGCGAAUGGAUUAGUGCGUGUGCAUGUGUGCCUGUGCUUGCAUCCGUGUGUCCACUUAGAUGUUCUUCUCGUUUCUCUUCGUAAUCACAAACUCUCUGAAUGCUGCUCUAUUCAUUACGAGGGUUUCUAUUGCAGUUUAUCCAUUGACAAAUCUGCCUAGACAAAUACCAAGACACCCAAUAAAACCCCAGGUUCAAACUCAGAUUCUCCCGUUAAGAUCCUGUAACCUUAUUAAGGUAGCCUGAUAUUUCUGUUGUUGGUAUGAUGUCAUUUCCUGCGAGGUCAGGUCAGUAGCUUUGGGGGUCUGGGUACAUUAAUGUCGCUUAUUUGCUUAAGUGCUCGACUUAAACUUCUAGGUAUCCAGACUUAUGUUUGUUCCCUCAAUCUGCAAAAAGACGUCCACAAAUCUGUUUUAGCGCCAUUCGUGUUUUAUAUAUUAUAGUAAGAUAUUAUAUUCUCUACCCUAUAUUCUGUAAUUGCAUGUUAGAACCAGAGUUUAGACUAUGCUGCUAAAGUUUUAAAGAAAUAAACCCUAACAAUCUGAAAACAAGAGGAGCUCUUACUCCGAGUACCAUCCAAAUUGCUAUUUGGCAGCAUGAACCCAGCCAAUCAGAGCUUACGAGACAAAUUACCCCAGUCGAACAGAGAGGAUCCAUCGUUCUUUAUUACAGUAAAGGGCUUACCCAUCAUCCACACGCAUUCAAACACUCCUGCAUGUAGAGAUUCACGUGGCAUGAAUAACUCAGUGAAAACGAUGUUAAUUUGUUGCAAACCUUGAGAUAGUCACAUCAACAGGAAGUUUAGGAGCUCAAUCACGAGGCUCCAGAUAGAAGAACGAAGGCCCGUCUCAGGUGACUGUGUGGUUCUUUGUGUGGAGGAGAGGCUAAGUUAAGGGCUGAUAUAUUAUUUUAUGCUUUUUUUUCUAUAGGUAUGCUCUAAUGAGGAUGUGUCACUGUGACACAAACACAAAACGAAGCCUUGAGUUUAAGUUCUCUAGACAGCCUCAGUGUGAACCUGUUGAAAUAGCAGGCCUCACACCUGUGUUUCCAUCUCAUGGGACAUGACUAAUAGUCGUUAAUGUUAGUUACACAUACAUAUGUCAUAUAUCAGUCACAGCUAGCUUUAAGGCUAAGUAUGCUAACAAAAAAAAAAAAGAAAAACAAAGUGUUUUGUAGCCAUAUUUCAAUUGUGUAAAGCAGGCUAACAUAAUGCAUGCCAUAGGAAUAAAAUGGUGCACAUUCAUUUCAUGUAAUUUUAUUCCCUCCCUGUACAUAUCUGUAGAUUGUCUGCAUUAAGGUGCGGUCACAUUUACUUUGUACGGUGAAAUUCUGUGUAGUCAAUUAGCCCAAUCUGGAAUUUCGCAUGAAAGGAAACUUUUUCCCAUGCAAAAAUUCAGGUUUGACAAAAUUUGAGUGUAAAUUUGUAGUGAAUUCAGCAUCGUCUUCAGAUUUCUUAAACUUUGAACGUGCAAAUUUAUUGCAAAUUUCACAUCAGAUUCAGAUUUAUUAAACUUUGAACAUCCAAAUUCAUCACAUUUGCCAAUAUUAAGCUGCUUAGUUUGGAAAUUCGCUGAAGUUUUGCCAAUGUGACCGCGCCUUUAGACUACAUUUAAAAAAGCUGAUUUUCUCUUAAAAGGUAUUAACAUCACAUGCAAUACCAUUAAACUCUGAAAACUGACUCUGAGGCAAAUUUAACAACUUGCAUUUUAAGAGAACAAAUCAAUCCAUUUGCCCUUUUGCUGUUUAAACUAAAUUAGCGGUGACCUUUUGAGGUGUCAGAAGCACAAAGUGAUUUUUUGUUUUCUGAAAUAGACUGCUAAUGCAGUUCAGUUCAGCUGAUAAAAAAUAGCAUUUAACCUGAACGGUCAAAUGCUGGGAGAGAAGCUCCUUUUAUUCCACUGUUUUUAAAUUUCAGAAUUUUCAACUAAAUGUACUCAAACCACUAAUUCUUGGCUGUUCAGGGUUUGUGAAUUUGGGCAAGCUGAGCUUUAUCAAACAUGAUAAUGACUUUUAAUAUCCUUACCCAUACAUCUCUGACUUAUUGCCCUUAGGCCCAUCUUUGUCAUUUUUCCUAUCUAGAAAAGAAAAAAA